UCCAGCCGGACCUAUUUAUGGGGACGGACAGCCCUUUUUUCCUAUUGUUACGCAGCUGUUUUGUCCCUCUCCUGGUUCCCUUUCACUUUGGGGCCCCAGUUCCAUCCCUCUUUGUUGCUCUUGCUGCUGGUGGUGGUGGUGUUUUUUUCUGCUUCUGACACGUGUCUGCCCCUUCCCACGUUCCCCAGGGCACAAAGGAGGCGCCAUGGCCGGCUUGGAGCUGCUCUUCCACUCGGUGGCACCUGGGAUCUCCUGCCCUCAGGACGCCCUCCUCUGCUACCUCCACUGGAAGCUCAUCACCCACGACUACCGUUGCCUGGGGCCUGGGGACCAGCCAGGUGUCAAUGAGAGGAAGUCGGAGAUGCUCCCCACCGGGUGGAAUGCAGACAAGGAGCUCUACACCCUGCGCUACCGGCUGAAGGACGACUCCCGCGACCUCCUCCUGAAGGCAAUCAUGAUGGACGGCAGUAUCAUCCUCAACAUCAUGGAGCCCAAAUCCCAGAAAGUGGCAGAUUUGACCUUGAAGGUGACUGACUACGUCAACCCGGAACACCUGGCUGAUUUUGACAAGGUCUACCAGAACACAGAGGAACUGCAGACACGAAUCGUCCACCACAUUGUCUCUCCCUUUGAGGACACCAAAGAACACAUCCGCACCAGGGAGGAGCCCAAGCAUGAGAGGAACCCCUCUCCUCCCAACCCGCCUGACCACGACCCACUGUGGAUCCCACCUCGACAUCCUCAUGGCAGCCGGCAGCCCAACUGGCAAGACCCCAUGGGACCCUUUGCUGUUGGUGGAGAAGAUUUGGACCCCUUUGGGGGCCGAAGAGGGGGAAUGAUCUCAGACCCACUUCGAUCAGGAUAUCGGAAUCCUAUGAUUGAUCCAUCUUCAGGACUUCCGAGUAGACUUCCUCCUGGAUCAGUUCCUCCUGGUGCAAGAUUUGACCCCUUUGGUCCCCCAGGGGCAAACCGGAGUGGGCCUGAUCCUGACCAUCUUCCACCUCCAAACUACGACGACAUGUUCAUGUGACAGACGCCAAACAUCACCCUGGCACCACCUCCUGUUGGGGGAUAUAUAGUCAUCUCAUCCCCCCAAAUAAUUUGGGGUACCAGUUCUGAUGGACUUCAGCCUUCUGAGCAGCAAUUCCUUUUCCUAGCUGUGGCUGACUAUCUAGCUUUGAUUUCUCAGCACAUAAACCAGAAGAGGAGGCAGGGUGCAGAUAAA